UGAUGUUGGCCAAAUUUCAAAUGAAAAUCUCCAUGCGCUGUCGCGCGUCGCGUUCUGCUGUACAGGUUAAACGCACAUCCCGGGCAGCAAGUAUUAUUCCAUAGACAAACGAAGAGGGUGCUCUGUGUAUUAUUUCGGUUAGGAAUCAGGCAGGAAAGGUCCAUUUCGUCACCUGUUCCGCGCUGUAAUUAAGAGAGAGUUGCUCUUUUAAGUGAUUUUGCAUUACCAAGAAAAUGGCAUUAUAUAAAGAUUGUGGAUGUAAACUUGUGGAGUUGGCUGUUCGAAGCCAUCUAGUGAAUUUUUGUAGAAGAUUUGCCUCUAGCAGCGAGACCCUAAGGAUUCAAAAAUGGAAGAAAAAUCUACAUAUUUAUAGUUACUCUUUCAACUGGGGAGGCUUGUCAGAAUUAGCCCAUGUACUAGCCAAUAAUGUAAUUAUGAAUGAAGAUGGUCUUGUUGUCCUCAAUAAGCCGCAUGGAAUUGGCAAGGAAGAACCAAUAAUCAAUAAGAGUAGAAUUGAGAGAGAAAAGAGAUUGCGCACUGCAAUCGUGGGAGAAAAAGAUUUUUACUUAAAUGAAAUCUUGCCACUGUUAGCACAUAAAUUAGGAUACGAACACCUGGAAACUGUUAAGAUUCCAGAAAGGUAUACCAGUGGGGUAUCUGUUUUAUCUUCAUCUCAAGAGCUAACGAAUCAUGUGAAGAACUGCAUACAGAAAGGCAAAAAUCUAGGGAAAAUCUUAGAUACUUACCACGUUGUAUGUGUGGGAACUCCUUCCCCCAUAUCAUAUAAAGGCAAAGUUGCCAUCCAACAUGAACAAGAUAAAAUAUGUGGUGGCUCACAGCCUAUCUUAUUGACAAAAUGGUCAAAAAAUUCAGCGAAGCGAGGAGAUGUGACAACAGUUUCUGUGGAACAUACCACUCUGCAACAAGGACCAUUUGCAAGUCUCGUUGAAGUUAAGCCAUCUCGAACAAAAUCUCAUUUCUUACGUGUCUAUAUGGCUUAUAUGAUGAGUCCAAUUCUUGGUGAUAAUUUGUAUGGCUCUCGGGUGCAAAACGUAGGUGGCAGGUCUCUUGCGAUUAGCCCUUUCAGUGAUAGAGCGAAGUUACCACAACGAUUGGAGGACCCAAUGUUAGCUGCCCUGGAUUUGGAGAGGCAAGAUGAACGAUUCAUUCCAGCCCAUGUGCAUUUGCAUAGAGUUGAAAUUCCUGACUUCGGUGGUAAGGGGAAACCUCUAGAAAUUGAAGCACCUCCUCCAGAAGUGUUUUCAUGGACAUGUAAACAAGUAAUAUACAAAGGUUCACCAAAAGUAGAAAGAGCAGAUGUGAAAUGUUAAUGUUUUUGCAUAUUGUAGUGUACAGUCAAUGUAAAUAUAUUUUACAUUCCCAUAUUACAUGUACUAUCAUUUUCCUUGCAUUAUUUAAAUUAAAUAGAGACCACAGUCUCGAAACUAAAUGUAUAUUGGUUUAGGGAAGGUAUUGUCAAAUUGUAAUAAAGGGUUACAGUUGAUAGAAGAGGUAAUGGCAUCUUGGGGAAUCUCUAAAGUAUUUUCACAAAAGAACAAGUAACUCUUGUUAAAUGAAAAGUUUCAAAAUAAUUCACAUGACAAAGUGUAGCAAGACGAGAAUCCCCUGAUGGAGCAAUACAGCAGUAGUAUUCUAUUGUCAUUUUUAGCAGUAUCGUGCAUUCAACCCCAGCACUGCUGGGGUAAGCAAAAAUGAGAAUUUGAUGAAUUUUGAGAAUUAAAAUUACUAUGAGCCAUAUGUCAGAUGAUCAAAAGUAUUGCACCGUGUGCUCUACUGCGAUCUGUAUAGCGGCCUACUGCUUCUGCAGUGCUCUAACCCCAGCUCUGACAACUCGCUGGGCUUGGGUGCCACACCCAUCUUCUUCACUGGCGCAGAGUCAGGCGCUGAUUGGGGAGAAGAUCUGCUGAUAUGCACUGAACUCUAGCAAGCUGGGGAUGGAUGACGUUUCUCCCCCUCCCGCUGCUUCAAGGACAGAUCUAGCUGACUUGUCUUGUCUGCGAGUGUGUUUACUCAUAAGCCAGUGCUACCACAAUGCAAAAUUAUUUUAAAUGAAAUGUUUUGUUAGUAUAAAUUAACAUACCAUUUGUCGAGAAGUUUAUAAC